UAUAGAUAGAUAAAAUAUUUUAUGUCAUUGUUGAACAAUCAGUAAAUCAAACCGACUCUUAAUGUAGGUUAAACUAGUAAAUCAAACUGACUCUCAAUGUAUAUUUGGCAUUGGCCAAUCUGAGAGCACCCUUAACGUCACGUGCUCUCUAACAACCAAUCAAUCAACGGCAUCGGCCUUUCUGGAAAAAAUUUUAGAAGGGAAAAGCACGCUACAUCUGCUCUGCUAUAAUUUUAAAUUUACAAGUUUUCACACAUUGUUACGUCUGGAAGUUAACGAUGAAACGCAAUAAACGUUCGGCCACAGUGAGCCAUUGUAAUAUGCCAUGCUGUUCUAAUAGUAAUAAAGAUGAUGUACAGAGUCCGACGACGGCUCAUUUGGAAAACAAUGGGCAAACUCGCAGGAAAAAGACCAAAAAUGAUCAAAAGUCACUCAGGGGUAAAAAAAUCCAGUCAAAGCUCAACACAGCAAGCUGCCCAACUAGCAGGGGGAGGUGAUAUAACUCAUAAAAACAAACAGGCUGUAAGCAGAUCACACCAGAAGAGGAAAAGGGGUACAGUCCCUCAUCAGUCGCCAUCUUCUAAUUUCAAUCAGGAGGAAAAUGACAUUCAAGUCCUGCAGGUAUCGGAGGAUGAAGAAACCUCAACCUCAGAAAAGUCAACAUCCUCAGACGAGGAAGAGAGUGAUAAUGACGAAGGCUUUAUAAAUUUCAGGGACAUAAUAUCGUCCCAUUCAAAUUACAUUACAGGUCAAACAGUUCCGCCUUUUGGCACCACAAAUGGACGACCAACCUACCAAAAUACCAGAACAGUUGCUGCUUCUUCACUGAACUCUUCGGUCUUACACAUACUAUUAAAAUCCCUGGCACCGUCCACAAGAAACAGUUACCGAAAUGCUUUCAAACAGUAUAGCCGUUUUCAUAAUACUUACUACACUAAGUUCAAAGGCUCCCUUCUUCCUAUUCCAACUUAUAAAAUGGCACAGUUCAUUGCAGUAUGCCACUGA